UUAUCCUCCAUGAUAUAAAUGAGUCAGUUUUAAUCAGUUGCACACUUUUUAAGAUUAAAUCAGCAGGUGGAUGCAACACUUGGUGAAGGUUGAAACAUUUAAACCACGUUCUCCACAUAUAUUCCAGCUGUGCUCAGUUGAUCUGUGCAUUGAGGGCUGAAACUACAGCAGUUUUUUCCCUGUACGUUGUUCGCUGCAUCAUAAUUAUGUAACCUCGCCGUUAACAGUUGGGGUACGAUCACGGUGCUCCGCAAGUGGAGAAGCCAUAAAUCACCUCAGCAUUUUAACCACGGGAAGCGGAGGUGCCGGGGAGGAGACAAAUAACGACGUCUCUCCGGUUCCGAGUCCAGUCCGUCGGACUGAUGCACAGUCCGGGAUCCGGAUUGGAGCUGCGGAGAAUAAUUUGCCACAGAUUCCUCUGCAUAGUGGAGGCACUAUCACGGACCACGUGAGAGGAAUAUUCAAUGACGGUCCCCGACGGAGCGGCUCAUCUCUGCUGGCACUCCUCUGAUGCUGACAUGGACUCCUGGACGCAGAAUGCUCUCAGCUUCCCAGAACCGGAGCAGGAGGGAGGGCGACACUCUGUCUGAAUGUAACCUUUGAUCUUUUUUUUCUCUCUUUUCUUUUGGCUGUUUUCUCUUGUUUUUUUCGCUUUCUUUUUGUUUGGGGGUUUCUUUUUUUCUUUUUCUUCUCUCCAAGUCCCAGUAUGGCUUGGCCGUGCAUCAGCAGAGUGUGCUGCUUGGCUCGCUUCUGGAACCAGUUCGAUAAAUCGGACCUCUCCGUCCCCCUCACCAUCCAGAACUACUCGGACAUCUCCGAGCUGGAGGUGCGCUCCGUCACCAAACAGGUCUCCGCCUCGGAGCGCGCGCCGGGGAACAACUACUCGGUCCCGGAGCCGCGCGCCAAAGGCUCCCCGCAGGCGCCCGCGGAUGGCCCGGGGACCCGGGGGUCUUUCAGGGCGCGGAAGGAGCCCAGCUACAAGCCCAGGGACGACUACCACCCGCCGGGAGUACCUUUCCCCAGCGUCACCCAGUACAAGCAGGAUUUCAAACCGUGGCCCAUUCCCAGGAAGGAGAACUUCCCUUGGAUUAGUAACGGGGGCAGCAGGGCGGACAGCGGGUCGGACAGCCCGGUGAACACUUACCACAUCCAGGGGCAGCCGGGGGAAAGAGAGGAGCGGGGGAAGGGGCAGAGGUGCGGGGAGCAGCAGGUGAUGGAGGAGAGCAAAACCAGCUCCUACAGGCAGGAGUACAGGCCGUGGACGGGGGCGAGGCCGGCAAAAAGCGCGAGGAAAACCCCUCCGGCUCAAUACUCCAGCCCGGGGACCGAGGCCGCCCACGUCCCGCGGGAGACCAGCUACCAGGCCGCCUACAGCUCCACAGGUGUGCAUCAGGGGGAGCACGUCAUCCCGUCUGCCGCCUCCAACAUACAGCCUGCCCCCAUCCCCAACCCCACCGCCCUGCAAGCUGGCAGUUCGCCGAGCCCCUCCAGCCUCCAGCAGAACAUCUUCCCCGAGAGCACAACCAAGGGAGAGGAACAUCUGGUGAGGACCAAGCUCUCCCCGAACCCUUCCGCCGUCUUUCAAAGCGGGCAGAGGGUCUUCAACAUCUGACAGCCGCGGCCGUUCGCAACCAUUCCACUUCGAUCGGUUUCCACUUUAGAGAAUCAACGGGGCGGGGGGAUGUUUUCAGUCCAUUCCACGACACAAGAAUCUAUGCAAGGGAAUGUAUUGUUGUGAAGGCCGUGGAGCUGCAGCGUCAGUAUCCCGAGAGGAAGAUCGGUAGAUAGACUCCCCUUCCCUUCGGCACCACUUCCUGCUCUCCGUUGUUAUGGAAAUGAAUAUGCAUGUUAAGAAAAUAGCUUGAAACAUUUUUCUUUGUAUUUUUUUUUUUUUUUUGAGGUUAUAGACGCACAAGAAACUGGCUGCUCUGCGUGUGUGUGUGUGGGUUUGUUUGUGUGCGCGCCCGCCAACUCGUCCUCUUAUUGUACAUAACCAUGAAUGAUUUGUCGUUAAGUGCUUACGUUGCUCUUCGGUGUUGCUAGAAAUCUGCUCGAAAAUAACUUAUUUCCACAGUAUUCAUUUAGUUUCCUGUUUCGGGAGGAAGUGUCGUUCGGUUUCUCAUUUUGUAAAUCUAUUGUGGAAGAAAGUGUACGAUGUAAGCGAAAACACAAUAAAAGAUUAUUAGCAAGGUUCCUA